AUGCCCUUUGGUCUGGAUGAUCUUCUUCUUAUCGUUGCAUCCGCCUCACCUCUGCUAUGGGCGAAGCGUGGGGACGUGGUAAGGUCUGGCGUCUACAAGAUGGUGUCGCUGGCAACGAAGGACGCAAAGAAGGCGGCGCAGCGGGCGGAGGUGGCCACGCAGCAUUACGUUGCACCGUAUGCGUUGCUUCCUGGCAUUGACAUUGGGGAGACGUCCGGGGAGGUUACUGCUACUUCUACUGCCGCUAAUGCUGCUGAUUUAGGAGGUGGUGAACUUGUGGCCACCAGCAUCGCGAGGAAGUAUGUUGGGGAAGCGGUGCGUGACUCCCCAUGCGUUCCGCACCGCCACUUUCGCCGAGCAAAACCGGGGCGCACGCCUGUCACGGCUCUUCUUAGCUAUGCUCCUGAAGACGUAGUGGCGUCACUUGGUCGAUACAGUGUAGUGGAGGUGAGCCACCUUUACGAGGUGAUGGAGCAGGAAGGUUCCUGGGAGGCAGCGCUGAAUGUGACCGAAGGUGCAAAGACUGGCGGACACCACGCGUACCUUAUAAAGAAGAAUAUGGAGAUGGCAGUGCGGACGCUUCUGCUCGCCGGUGAAGUGCAGCGGGCGGUGGAUUUUGUCCUGGUGUAUGCAAGUGAGAUGAUACUCUCUGAUGAAUUGCUGGUGGCACUCUUCGACGCCUGCCGGAAUUCGGAGAAGAACAGCCUGGCGCUGUAUCAAAGCCUCAAGCCAUUUCAUUCAGAGUGGACACCCGCCGUGUAUGCGUGUUGUCUGACCGUGAAUGCCCGGUUCAACUGGCAAGAAGCACUAAAUCUAUACAAUGAGUACAUGGAGCAGGAACAGGAGCAGCGGCAGCCUUUGGCACGCUUCUUGACAGACGUUGUGUGUGGUACGGGUAUCAUGGGUAACUCAAAGGGUGUAGAGGAUGGUACUCUGUCAUCACAAAGACAGAGUUUGAAGUUUGUUUAUCACAUCAUCAUGCCACUUGUUGCCGAUCGACGGACAGAGCUUCUGCAGAAGUGCUACAGACAGAUGGUGACCCAUGAGCCAGAGUCUGCUGUUGUUGUUUUGUUGAGGUGCCUUCACACAGCGGCUGGGAGGGAAUUGGCUGUGCAAUGGUUACAGGAAUCUUCAGAAGCAGCAUGUGAUAUCCCUCCGCCAGACACGAGGGAUGUUGUGAAGUUGGCUUUGAAGCUUUAUCGCAGAAAUCCCAAUGUGAUGAACCUUAACUCUCUUCUUAAGGUGAUCAUGGCUCAAAAUCCAACGACUCUACAUGAACAUGUGGGUGUGGAAUUGCAGCAGCACCUCGCUGUAGUUGACAUGACGGACAAUGAUGCGUCUGUCCUGGCUCGCACAAUCACUGACAAAUGUGGGCAUUGGAAGUUGGCAUCCCAAUUCAUGUCGUCGAUGGUGACACGCAAACAGUUCAACGUGCUCUCACCCUUAUCGUACCACGUAGCACGCCAAGGGCGGUGGUCGCUGGCGUCACAAGCGAUGGCGGUGUGUUUGUCGAAUCGUGGUGCCUUUACGCCGGCCGAGUUGUGCCUCUGCGUUGAGUCAUCUGUGUUCGCGGGGCGAUGGAAAAGUGCAAUGUUUUGGAUGGAGCGGGCCCACAGCCACGGCGUGCGGCUGCCGGCCGCCGCGUAUGACAAUGUUUUGGGCGUGACAAGGCACUGUUCGUGGGCUUCCGCGCUGCGUGCCGUGACAUCGAUGCACGAAGCAGGUGGACUCUCAUCGGAAAAAGGAAUUCUCCACGUACUGGAGUCGACCGCGGCGCAGGGACAGGUCCGCAAGGCACUGACCGUCAUCGCGGCCACGGGCAACGUCUACUGGACACUGUAG